AUGGCCCAGCUAUCCCUUGACGAGGCUUUCUUGCAAUUGUGUGUCCACGGUCCCGAGCAUGCAAAGCACCGCGGCGUCCACAUUCCCUAUGAGAGCACCCAUCCCAAUUUGCCCAAAAACCAAACGAUCAAGGAUCUCCCUGGACAUCUGACCGUGAAGACGAUAAGCCGAGACCCGCUCCAGCAAGCCAUCACUAUCACUGUUAAAGGCCUCCCUCUUGUGUUCACGCACACAGGAGGAUACACCUUCGCCAACCCCAACCCUUUCCCCCUUAACGACUGGGUAAAGAAGCCGGGCAAGCUCUAUGUUCGAGGCGAAUACCCGACCCAGGGUUACACCGAUUUCACCGCUCAGCAGCUCCCUUCCUACGAGGCUGCCGCCAGCCAAGCCGGCUAUGUUCCGGGACGUGUGAUAAUUUACACGUACACGCUGAACCGCAUAACUGCUGCAUUCAUCACGGACGACGACAACUACGUCUCUGGCGUGGUGAACAGCACCAACACUCAAUGGAUACCAACUAAUGUGGUCCGCCCCGAAGCCUGA